AUGGCCCAAGCCAGUGCCCUGAAACUUAGUCCCUCUCAGCACAUGGCAGCUCACCCCGAAGCUCAGACUGCAGCUGCCUUUGCCUCGUCGGCUACAGUCAGCUACCCGGUAGCCCCCUCCCACCCUGGCUAUACUAGUAGCCGGGACUUUAUCCUCAGGAGGGAGCUGUCCACCUCUGCCAUGUUAGGAGAGCAGCAUCCGGCCAGCAGCUCCCCCCAUCAUCAUCACCACCACCCCCACCACCCACACAGUAUGUUCAUCUCCUCCACUGGCACCUAUGGGCACCCCGAGGGGGGCAGCCACCCUCUCUCUACCGGUCUGCACCACGAGCAAGCGGCCCCAGGAGUCCCCCACCCCCUGAACGGCCAGGUGCGCCUUGGCUUGGCUGGAGAACUUUACGGAAGAGCUGAGCCCUUCAGAGCCGAGCACUAUGCAGCCUCCUCCAUCCACAGCUACAACUCUAUGAACUUAAAUGUCAACCUGGCUGCAGCAGCCGCCCACCCAGCCGCCGCGGGGGCCUUCUUCAGGUACAUGAGGCAGCCCAUCAAGCAGGAGCUAAUCUGCAAAUGGAUCGAUCAGGAGCAGAGCUCCAAGAAACCGUGCUCCAAAACUUUCAGCACCAUGCACGAACUGGUCAAUCAUGUAACGGUGGAGCACGUUGGGGGCCCCGAGCAGAGUAGCCAUGUCUGCUUCUGGGAGGAAUGUCCCAGGGAGGGAAAACCUUUCAAAGCCAAAUACAAACUGGUUAACCACAUCAGAGUGCACACUGGAGAGAAACCUUUCCCAUGCCCCUUUCCUGGAUGUGGCAAGGUCUUUGCUCGCUCUGAAAACUUGAAAAUUCACAAACGAACUCACACAGGUGGGUAUUUAUUUUCACUCCAUCUCUCUCUCUCUCUCCCCCACUCUCUCUCUCUCUCUCCUAGUUCUGCAGACGUCCCCUCACACAUGUGACUGUAUUUCAUGAAUAAGUCAUUUAGUGACAGCACAAGUUUCUACUCCCAAUCGAUUGAUGGAGGAUAUCUCUGCUGAAGGCAAAUACAAAACUGCUUCCAAUUUAUAGUGUGUAUUGAUAGGAUUUUGUUGGUGGAGGGGAAGUUUCCAAGCUAUCACAUCAUAGAUUGAAUGUCAAUGAAAAGGAUUUUGGUGGGAAUGGUCACUCAGAAGGGAGACAAAAGGCUGAAAAGUCCCUUUGAAAUGCAAGAACCAUCACAGUACUGUGCAGCCCAUUCAGGACAUUGCCCUGGGAAUUAGCCACUGUAAAUAUUUACUAUUGGGUGCUACUAGCUCAGUAUAUGCUCUUACAGAUCUGCCACAUGUGUUCUCAUCCUGAUUACAUUAGGUGCACUAGCAUGUAAGCACACAUGUACUUAACACCAUCACAGGUUCUGUUAAGUGUGUGAAACAAACAAAAAAUAAAUAUGUUGUCUCACAUUUCUAGUUCAAUUUGCAUUAUAUUAUAUAAUAUAUCAACCACGUUUGAGUGUAUAUAUAUAUUUAUAUAUAUAUAUACUAGAUAUAUGUAUAGCUUAUUAAUUCCUGAUAUAUGUAUAUAUAUUAAUGUAUUAUUCCUGCUGCAUACUUUUAAUGUAUCAUUCCUGCUAUAUACUUUCAAUGUAUUAUUCCUGCUACAUACGUUUAAGGUAUCAUUCCUGCUAUAUACGUUCAAUGUAUUAUUCCUGCCAUAUACUUUUAAUGGAUUUAUCUAGUUUGGCCAUAAGCUCUUUUUUUAAUUUAUUUUUUUAACUCUGGCCUUUAAUAUUGUAAAAUGCAGUAAUUUUCUAAUGCAAACUACUAAGAAAUAUCUCUUUCUCUAUCUCCCUCUUUUUUAAUUCUGCCUUUACUUCUCACAUGUAGGCCAUGAACCAUAAAUAUUACUAGACACAUCAGUAAAUUCUGCUAGUUGCAAUUUUUGAGAAUUAAUUAGUGGAUUUAGGGGACUGUUCACUGAAAUUAUGUUUUAGUGUUUUUUUUUUAUUUUUUUAUUUUUUUUAUUCCUCAGCAUUUGGUAAUUUACUACAUAUAUAUAUAUAUAUAUAUAUAUAUUUAAAUGUAGCUUUUUAAUCCCAUUAGUUUUCUAACAAUCCUAUUUGUUGCAGUGUUUUUGUGAGUGUUUGCAAAUCAGUCAGUAUUCAUUUUAUGACUUACGUCCUCUUUGGGCUCUCCUAAGAGAGUCAUCCAUACAGUACACGUUUCUGCGGUGGAGAUUAAUGGAUUAGUUUUAUGGCAAAAUACACAUUGUUUGCUCAAUUUGUCUGUAGCGACACAAGUUUAUAUACUAUGCUGUGCAUCAGUCUGAAUAGCCACGGGUAAGGUCUAUGGCUGCCAGUAGGAAGUAUCUGAGGUUAGUGCUGACUAGGUGCCAUUUACUGCUAGAGGUAUAUCAGUUGUUGCCACUAGGGGGUAUGGUUGUGGUUACUAUCGACUGUUUAGUUACUGCUGACAGUAUAUUAGAGUCCAUCAAUGUUAUUGAUGACAAGGUUAGUUAUCACAUUAGGUAUGUCAUUGGCUAGGAGAUGGGGAAUUAUCUGUUUACAUUAAAAUAUAAACCAUAUUUCAAAAACUGAAACUGAUGGAACUGGGGUGCAAAGUUCUAUAUUCACAGCAAUAUCCAUAUAACCUACCGAAAGGUUUAUCCUGGAAGCAAGGCCCUAUGGUUAAAUUAUUGAAUGUUACUUAGACAGCUACUACUGAUAGUAUAUGUGUAUGUACUGAGGAAUCUGUGUUGCUGGCGCUGCUGGGGUUAAAUCAGUGCACACAGACGGUCGUCCUUCACACAUUAUUCUGGGGAUUAAUGUGUUGAUAAUUUGAGUGGCGGCUCCGUGGGUAUGGGUACAGGUAGAUGUGUACUGUGGGUAAAUGCCAUCUAUGAAUGAAUGGGGGUAAUUAAACUGACUUAGUGGUUACUCUCGAAGCGAUAUGUACUACUGGCGUGGGAGCAGCAGUAUAUUUAAUGGGUACUGCUUUAAUUAUAAGCAUACAUUUGCCAACUUAAAAACUUGCAGAGGCUGUGUGGUAGAGUAAAUAAGACUUACCGGUAGUAGAAGUGGGCACAUAUUGAGUACUCUGGAUAUGAAUAACAUUAUGUAUAAAGACACUUAUUUGAAGACCUGACAUGCGCAGGGUUAUUUGCAAAAGGGAACAUUCAAAGUUAAUUGAAGUGAAUUUCAAUUCUAAGGCCAAAGUAGCCGAGUUGAAAGCAUAGCUGGGAUUAAAAUAGCCAAACUUUGGCAAGUUUGAAAUUCACUGUGGAUUCUCACUUCAGUCAAUAACCCUGUUUGGGAAUUUUCCCUCUCCGGCAAUUUUGACCAUUACAUUUAAAUUCACAUUGGAUUUCGUUUGAAUUCUCUCUCUGGAGAAUAAACCUGAUGAAAUGUAAUGCUUAGUGCAUUUUAGAUCUGGCUCCUCAGAAGUAAUCAUUUUAAAUAUGUGAAUUUUCAUAUAUUUGUUCCUUACAAGGGCUCCCUAUUUUUAAUCUACUUUUUUUUUUUUAAUUUAUUUAUAGAGGAUAGACGAUGGAAGAUUAAUAUUUUCUUUGAGUCUUCUAGAAGUCAUAUGGCGAAUGUUCACUUGCAGCUACAAUUCUAGAGAAUUAUUUAAGAUUGGUGCAUGUAUUAAGUAUAUAUUUAACAUUUUGGUUAGAGACUGUUAUUGCUACAUUAGGCUACAUUUGAGUGAUACCAUUUGUGAUAUUUUGUUUGUUAAACUGAUAAUGUGUUUACGCCAUGGCUUAGGCUAUUGGAGCUAUAUAGCUGGCUGGAUAGCUCUGGAAGAGUGUUUGUUCACUAUAUUUUGCUGAGAGAGUUCAUGAAGUCAGAGCACUUGGUCUGUUUCAUUGGAAAGGCUGCAAGGGCUUAUUGUACACACUGAGAUGUAAUAGUGAAUAGCAUAUUAAAUGUAGAGUUCAAAGUAGUGGGGUGUUUUGGUGGCCUGACAGAGAUGCUCUAAAAAGUGAGAAUUUACUAGGGACAGAAGCAUAUCAGUCGAUAGAAUUCGGAUGUUCUGCUGUUAGUAAAUGUGUUAAGGGAAAUGUAUAUAAAUGGCAUACUGGGUGAUAGAGUAAAAUAGCGAGGAGAAUACAGCAUUGAAUAUGUAAACGUUUGCUGAGGGUUAUCAGUGACCUGGCCCCUAAUAAUUAUACAGCAAUGAGCAGAGCUAGUGAUGUAUCAAGGGACAAUUCCUUUACUACUUUAUUGGUAGAAGUGAAGAUUUUAGAAUAGUUGGUUCAAAAAUGCAAGGGGCCAUAGAUCUUUUAGAGAGAAGAGGUGGGUUAUAUGAUUAAGUAGGAGUGACACAGUGAAUGUAUGUCUGAGUAUAGGGAUGGACAUAUUACAGUCACUGGAUGCAUUAGUAAGUAGCAGUGUGUUGAUGGUAUUAGAAGGUGUGACUCACAUAAUCAGUAUAAACGGAGAGUGGAUGCUUUAGUGGAGAGGUUGUAUGUUAGUCAAAAUGGGAAGUGAUUGAGAAAUGGGACUUGUGAACAAAACGUAGGACAUGUAAUACAUGUAUGCAUUUUACCAGCUAAAAUAAGCUACCUGAUUAUAUGGGAGUAUUGUAAGUAAUAUAUAAUAAUGCAUCUGAAUGUCUUAGAGUUGUAGCAAUUAUGUAUUUACAUUGACAUUCUGUCUUUCUGUCUUCGAUUUAUUAUUAUUAUUGAUAUAUUUAUAAUGUAUUAGUAAUGGUGUGUACACACACAGACGAUCUCGGUUAAAUCUGGCUUUUACAAAUGUAUUAAAGUAUUCCCUGGUAUCCAAUAUCUCCCCUAUAUACAAUAUAGCCUAUAAAUGCCCAUUUUAGUCUACUGAGUCAUUUAAUGUCCCCAACAUCAGCUCAGUUAGAUAAUUUUCCCAAACACUUCCAUAGCCAGUUAAUGGGCACAACACGCCCCCAGGUAAUCAGUGCCAAUUCUUUCUGAACAUUAAUAUCCUCAAUUUCUUUAAUCGGGCAAUCUUCCUUCGUUCCCCCAACCAAUUAAAGCUCUCUCCCUAGUCCUCAACCCAAAUACUCCAACCUCCAGCCAAUGUCCUCAAUACUCUCCUCUCCUGAAACGCAAUGUCCACAACACCUGAAAUAAUGCAGCAUGGUUUAAAUUCAUAGAAAAUGCCAUGAUAAACAAGUCAGAUCAGCAUUUCUUAGAAAUCAAACAUAUAUUAUAUAAAUAUAUAAUAGGCUCAAAAUAUAAAUUCAACUAUAACAAUUCCCCAUUAUUUUCCAAGUCCUGAAGAGAACACUACUAGCUCCAUAAACAACCUCCUCCAGUCUAACAGGGGUGCUUUCCCAGCAAUGGGCUCCUGGCUUCUGGCUGACAAGGCCUCAAUGCAACAUUUAAAACAUGCUGCUUAUAGCCCACAGUGACCAGGACAUUGGCCACCUUACAGAGGUGGCAGAGUAGUUGACAGUAUAGGUGACACAGGGUGACUGGACCUAUCUUUGUCUCACGGUGGAAUCUUAAGAUCUAGAUCUUUCACUCUGGGCCUACAGAAGAGAGGACAUCCUAGGCAGAAUUAAAGUAGGAACAGUGUGUGUUCUAGUGAGAUACGUUCCUAUUACUAGGUCAUGGAUUUUUCUUAGUAUUUGAAAUAGAUCAUUACUCAUCAAUAAAAUUAAGGAAAAUGUAUUAGUAAUUGAAAUCGGGGUAUUAACUAAUGGUCUACACUUACAAUAGAGAUAGCAAUCUACACGUAUUAUUGUUUUUGUUAAGUCUUGGUAAGAUUACCAUUUCUAGAGAUAGAUGUAUGGUGAAAGUAACAUGCUUGCACUAGUGAUAAUGAUGCCAGUGCUUUGGUCAUGCGAUAGGUGUGGAUGUACUAAGACUGGUGGUUAUGACACUGUGUCAGUGAGUGAUAGACAUGAGAGAGAUAAUUAGUGACAGAUCUGGUGUUAUCUUAGCUCUGUGUGUGGUGUAGCAGUGACUGACGAGGAUAUAUUGCUGCCAGAGUGAAUAUUAAUAUUGUGCUGCUGUGCGUCAGCGAUAUAAAUGUCCUCUGUGACAGUAGUACCAGCUAUUGUAACCUUUUAAAUCCUUUAUUUCUUGUAACUCAAUCUGAAAUGCAGGCCGCUGAUUAUGUGUGGGUUUCCCCCACCCCCCUUGACUAUUUUAAAAAGAAAAAGAAAAAAAAUUCUAGGAAUCAUAAUAUUACAGCAAGGCUACGGAACUAGCUUAGAUUCUGUGCUUUUGGCGCCAGUCAUCUGUCAAACACCCUUCAGUAUAUGAUACUUGAAGCGUGUGGCACCCAGAUCUAAUAUAUCUUGCUGUAAGAUAAUCCAUCCCAUGUGUAGUAAAUUGUUAACAGUCUGGCCUGUAGUAUCUGAGCUGACAGAUAACACACUAGCACCCAGAGAGGAAGCAUUGCCAUGAUCUGGACUGUGUUAGUGGCCACAAGCAGAUUUAACAGCUAAGCUGUACAAUUCUCUCUUCGCCUGAUGGAUAGGAUUUUAUUUUUCAUUCAUUCCCUAAUGUUACUCAAAGUACUGGACAUUCCACAGAGAUAUACAGUUUAUUAAUACAAUAUUCCUAGCUACAAAAAUACAGAUUGCUGAUUUAUUCAUUUUACAUCGAUAAAUAUUAGAGUAAUAUGUGGAUUAAAAUAUGUAAAUGCAUUAUAGAAUUUAUGGUAGAGCUAGACAGACAGAUGGAAUUUAAAUAUGUUGCUAAAAAAAAAUUAAAAUAGCUACUGCUAAACGUAUUUUAUAUGUUAUAUUGGACAGACAUACAGACAGACAUACAGAUAAUUUCCAUGAUGGUAUUUUCAGAUAUUUUUUAUUUAAGUAAAAUAGCGAUUAAUCGGUGAUAUAUCCCUGCCUUUCAGGGCUAUUUAAUCGAUUUUAUUUUUAUGAGGCCUAGCCUUUAAAAUAAAGUAGUAUUUCAUGUAAUAUUUAGAUGGCGUACUACAACAAUAAAUACUGAAUUGCAGGACACCGUCUAAACCUAAGGCAAUGUAGAUAACACAGCCCCAGGCUGGUCUUCACAAGCUCUGUAGCUGUUAAGUAAUUCGGAAACCUAUUAUAAUAGAUUUGCUAGAGAUUGCUAGACAUAGCAUUGCCCCAGGUAAGCAGAUAGGGCCCUAGCAGUGAUCUAUCCAUUUUAUUACUGUCUUUUGCAAUUACAUUAGGACAAUGAACCUGAGAUUAAGAUGUCCCUGUCACCUUUACACCUCCAAUUCCUUUUUAAUUAAAACCGAAUAUAUUUAGGCAUCAAAGUGUACACACAUUAUUGUGCCAUGUCAACAGACACAAUAGAUAUUUUUUUAUGUGUCACCGGCUUAUAUUUACUGUGCUAUAUGCAGAACCGGGAGUAGUAGAGACUUAACAAGGGAAACGCACAUUUUAGGACAACAAUGCCAAAUUAAGCUAAAUAAAUAAAAAAAACGUGUGGGUAUUAUAAUAUAAUAAGGGAUACAAACACACAAUGCUGCCUCAUUAUAUUAUAUAUAUAUUUUUUAUUAUAAAAGAGGAAUGACACAUAAUACACACAAUGGUGCCUGAUUAUAUGAUAUAUGUUGCAUUUUUUUUUCUGAUAACAUUAAACUAAUAACAUAUACCUCUUUCAUUUUCUGUAGGAGAGAAACCCUUUAAGUGUGAGUUUGAUGGAUGUGACAGGAAGUUUGCCAACAGCAGUGACAGGAAGAAGCAUUCCCACGUGCACACCAGUGACAAGCCUUACUACUGUAAAGUGAGAGGCUGUGACAAGUCCUACACCCACCCCAGCUCCCUGAGGAAGCACAUGAAAAUACACUGCAAGUCCCCCCCGGGCUCCCCUACCUCUAUCGGAUACCCUGCUGUAGGGACUCCUUUAGAAGACCCUCUGUCCCCUUCUCAGGACCAGGUCAGGGGGAGAUCUGCUAACCUGUCUCCCCAAGUGACCAACCUCAAUGAAUGGUACGUCUGUCAGGCCAGUGGGGCCCAAAAUAACCUGCACACCCCUUCCAGCAAUGGGGACUCCUCGGAUUCUGAGGAUGAGGGGUCUUACAGGAACUCUGAGAGGACUAUACACUAGAACAACCACCAGUACAUACAAUGAAGGCAGCUUAUUGGUGUUUAUCCAAGCUUCUUGGCAGAUGGACUGGAGGAACAAAUGUUGCGGGUUUGUUUGUUUUUUUAAACUUUUUAUUUUUAUUAAUAUAUAUUUUUUUUUUAUGAGGGAGAGGGUUGCAGUGUUUUCAUGCAAACCCUAUGGUGUACACAGACUUGAAAAAAAACACAAAAUGUCACUAUGCUUCAUAAACCUAGCAAUGAAAUGCCACGCUGGACAAAUUGAUUGUUUCUGGGAUAGAUGCCCAGCAAUUUCUAUGAAAAUAAACAGUUCAUCGUUCACUGCCAAUGUAAUGUUUAUUUAUUUAUUUUAUGUUUUGUAUAUUUUUAUGAACAAUGACCUUUGCCCAAACUGGAUACUAGUAAAAGUGACACUACCCCCUUUGCAGGUGAACAUCAGAGACCUGAAAUUAGACUGGGACCUCAGCUUAAUGGGACAACAUGCUAUAAUGGCCCAAUUUUAAGAAAAUACCCCACCUGUUGAACAGGAGCUUAAUAUUGACUUUGUAGCACACCUAUUUCCUACCCCUCUAUAUUAUCUCCCAUUCCAAAACUGUUCUGAAUUUUAUAAUAUAGUUAAUUUAAGCCACUCCUACACUGAAUUUUGUUCCCAGUAGGUAGGUCUGCAGGCUAAAAUGUGAUUCAGUUUGUAUCAGUGGGACCAUUAUUUUUUAUAUUGACUUGAAACCUGUUUUGUUGUAUAUUUUUUCCAUUUCAUUUUGAUAAGUAAUUUAUUAUUGUAAAAUAAAUACCACCUCUUUGUGUGUCUAAAUAUUGUUUUGUAAAUCUGAUCUGGUGUGCGCAUUAAAUGUAAUAUUCUACAUCAGAUGUUAAACAAGCAAACAAAAAAACAAACAAACACAAAAAUCCAAUAGGUUUUAGUUAUCUUUCUGAUUGAUAAUGGAAGUCAAAUCCGAAGCAGAUUUCACUUAUAAAGGCAGUUUGUUUUUCAUUAUUUUCAUAAAGUUCCUUAACUGUAUUUUAACCUCGUUUAAAAAACAAUUACAAGCUGUGAUGGAAAUUAGUGGGAACAAUUAACUCGGCAUAUAUUGUCAAAUUAUGCAUUAAAUCGUGUCCAGACUACAGAUUAUUCAAGUGAUAUAAGAUUCAGUGCACACACCAACAGCA